AUGGAACCAAACCAUCCGAUGCUGUUUAUAUGUAUUUAUUUGUCAACAUUGAAUUUCUUCAAAAACACACACCUGUACUUUGACCACUACAGUAACCCAUUCAAGCUCAUAUCUGCUACCGUAGUCCUUUCUUCUUUUCUUCUAACUUCAUGCACCUUGGAGCAUGCUCUCGAAGAUGACAUAUCAGAUUCUUUUGCCCCUGUUAUCAAAGGAAAUGGAGAUGUGAUUAUUCUGAAUCUUUCGAAUAUUGAUCAUACUAAUGGAGCUGAAAUUCCUCGAAAUUUGACCGAAGAGGAUACCAAAAUUAUUCCAACCAACAUUGAUUUCGCUGCACUGAAAGAAGCGUAUGCGAAGGAAAAUAAAGCUGAACGAUUUCUGCCAUCCCGUCUGUUUUUUAAAGACGAAAAGAAGAAAAAGUGA